GAGUUUUGUGAGUUUGCUUCCAUUUUCAUGAUUCUUAACGUACCCCCAUCUGGAGGAUUUCCCUCAGAUCCCAACUCUGUGACAUUCACUAUGAACAACACCAUUGCCAUUCCCAUUCCCAUUUCUUCAACCCUCCAAAUGCAUUAUGGAGACUCAGCUUAUGCUUCUUCUUCUACUCUUUCUCUGCAUCUCUCCGACUCCUUCCUUCUCCAUCCACAAUUUCCAUCAAGCCUUUCCCAUUGUAGAGCCUGAUCCUGGUCAUACAAAACUUCGUCUUUCAAGAGAAGGUUUGGAGGCUAUUGAGAGGAUAACGAACCCCAUUGCAUCAGUGGCAGUGAUUGGGCCGUAUCGUUCUGGAAAAUCUUUUUUGCUUAAUCAACUCCUCUCUCUUUCUUGUGAUGAAGGGUUUGGUGUUGGGCACAUGCGUGACACCAAAACAAAAGGAAUAUGGGUAUGGGGAACACCUAUAGAGUUGGAUAUUGAUGGAGUAAGAACAUCUGUCUUUUACCUAGAUACAGAAGGAUUUGAAAGUGUUGGGAAGUCCAGUGUAUAUGACGAUCGGAUAUUUGCUCUGGCAACUGUCUUGAGUUCUGUUCUCAUAUAUAAUUUGCCUGAGACGAUACGUGAAGCUGAUAUCUCCCGACUCUCUUUUGCGGUUGAACUUGCUGAAGAAUUUUAUGGAAGAGUGAAGGGUCAAGAUGUUGCAUUUGAACCUGCUAAGCUUUUAUGGCUCAUCCAACGUGAUUUUCUGCAAGGAAAAUCGGUGCAACAAAUGGUGACUGAAGCUCUUAGACGAGUCCCGAAUACUGAUGGGGACAAAAAUAUUGAAAUGAUCAAUCACAUUCGGGACUCCUUGGCUAUUAUGGGUGACGACAGCACUGCCUUUAGCUUACCACAACCACAUCUCCAGCGGACAAAGCUUUGUGAUAUGAAGGAUGUUGAGCUUGAUCAAUUAUAUGUCAAAAGAAGGGAGCAAUUGAAAGAGCUUGUUGCUAGCAUUGUCUCUCCAAAGAUUGUACAGGGAAAGACUCUAAAUGGGAAGGAGUUUGUCUCCUUCCUGGAACAGAUACUUGAAGCCUUGAACAAAGGAGAGAUUCCAUCAACAGGCUCUCUUGUCGACGUUUUCAACAAGGGUAUUCUUGAGCAAUGUCUUAAGUUAUACAGUGAAAAGAUGGCAACAUUGGAUCUACCUCUUUCAGAGGAAUCUCUGCAAGAGACCCAUGAUAGGUCUAGGGAUGAAGUCAUGCACGGCUUUGAUCGGCAGCAUUUUGGCCGUCACCAUGCUAAGAAAUCAAUUAUGCAACUGGAUGAAGAAAUACAGAGGGUGUAUAAGAAUGUUGUUUUGCAAAACGAGUAUCAAUCUUCAAAGCUCUGCGAAGCACUGUACAUCAGAUGUGAAGACAAAAUGGAUCAGCUUCAAGUGCUGAGACUUCCUUCCUUGGCAAAAUUUGAUGCAGGUUUCCUUCAAUGCAAUCGUAGUUUUGAGCAUGAAUGUGUUGGACCUUCAAAAACAAAUUAUGAACAACGCAUGAUGAAGAUGUUGGGGAAGUCCCGAUCUCUAUUUAUAAAGGAGUACAACCACAGGCUUUUCAAUUGGUUGGUGGCCUUCUCCCUGAUUAUGGUAGUGAUUGGCCGCUUUAUUAUAAAAUUCAUUUUGAUUGAAAUUGGAGCAUGGGCACUCUUUAUAUUUUUGGAGACAUACACAAGGAUGUUUUGGUCAGCAGAAUCACUUUACUAUAACCCUGUUUGGCAUUUUAUAGUUACCACUUGGGAAACUCUUGUUUACAGCCCGAUCUUGGAUCUUGACAGAUGGGCUAUUCCUCUCGGUGUAAUGCUGUCAUUAUUUAUUCUUUAUUGGCGGUGUUAUGGGAAAGGGAAAUAUGGAUCCCACUCGUGGCUAUUACCUUUAUACAGGAGCAAUAACAAUGGUCCUAAUCGACCACGAACAGACUAAUUCGUGACGAUGAUUGCAAUUGCAGACAUGUUUCAUGAAUUUGCAUACCGCUCAGCAAUUCAUCCUGUAUGGCGAGUUUUUUUAUUUUUUGUACACGGAGCUUGCUUGCCUCAUUUUCAUCUUAAAAAAAGGUUCUUAUUCAGAGUGUAAAUAGGAACAGGUUUCAAAAACACAAGAAAAAAAGGUGAACAGUGGGUUAUUGACGUGUUCAGUAGCUUCUACCACUUUAGGUCCUCCAACAUGUUAUCUGUUGCCAGAAUGGCACUGUAUAUUGAUUUACUUGUGUAUUAUUUUAUACUAUGAUAGAACUUACAU